UCGACAGUUACGUCUUACGAAGAUGAGAGUUGUGUAAAUUUUUUGUCGGCAAAGUUGAUCAAUAAAAUGUUAUGAAAAAAAAGCACUAAAGAUGUGAAUUUUUUGAUCGUGUUCUUAUCAUUAUAAUUCAUAGUCUGAUAAAAAAUAUUUAUUGUUACCUGUCUGUAAUCACAUUCAAUAGAGACACUUGUUUCAAAUGACUUUAUCAAACUGUAAUUGGUAGAUUGUUUUUAUCUAUCAUGGCGAAUUUCUUCUUUAGUUUUGUGGUAAUGGCAUGACAUACAUACAUGACUUUAGUCUGCAAAAUGUGUUUAAUGUUUUAGAUGUAGAUUGAUUUGUCAUAAAAAUCGAAAGACGGGAUAAGCAGUAAAAGAAAGUAGUGUUAGGAAGUUAGAAAGUGGAAAUAAUUACUAAAAAUCUCGCUUAAUUUUAUCGGUUUCGUAUUCCUUUUUUUAAUAACGUGAUUGUUCACCUUAAAAAAUUGAAAUGGAAGAAAAAAAUUGUGAUGUGGAAAGAACCAUAGCAAAAGAAGGUCAUAACAAAAAUAUCAACUUAUCGGAAAAUACGGAGCAUGUAGUGAAUAUGGUAAUUAAAAGUGAGCCACCAGAUAUGCCAGAAGUGCUUGGAAUUAUAGAUAUUUUAAUGAAUGAUAAAGCAGAGUCAUCUACAUCAACAGGUAAAAAAAAGAAAAACAGAAAUCCAAUUAUACAAAGAAGGAAGAAGAUAAUGCUUUCUGAUGAUGAAUGGGAACCUGAGAAAAAAUCCACUACUGAAAAACCAUCUAAAGAAGGUUCUUCAAAAGGAACUGAGGAAUACUAUGGGUAUGACAUCCUUAACCAGAUAGAGAUAGUGACAAUUACUGAAGAAGAGCGUCUGGCUGAGUUGAAAGAAGCCUAUGAGUCUCGAAAACAUAUGAAUUAUAUAUGCAAAGGUUGUGCUGCUGGUUUUGUUGUGAAAGAUGCCUAUGAUGUGCAUAUGAAGUUGCACGCAAAGGAAUCAGGUGAAUUUGUUUGCGAAGUGUGCAAUACUUAUAUGAAGAGUGAGGAGACACUUCAUCGUCACAAAUUGCGACAUUAUAGAAGAUACAGGUGUAUGGUGUGCAGCGUGCGAUACAAGGACAAAGACGCAGUGGCAGGCCACGUAUCUUUUAUGCACAGCGGGAAUACGUUUAACUGCGACCAGUGCGGGUCUACCUUCAAGCGUCCGCAAUACCUCCGCCGUCACAUUGAGCAAAUUCAUACAAAAUCGACCCCAAUGGAGUGCCCCAUCUGCCAACAGGUCUACUAUGAGAGUGGGUGGUACCGGAAUCAUAUUAGAAAACAUAAUAAAGAAGUUCAAGACUCAAAAAUAGUGAAAUGUCCGGAAUGUGACCGGACCUUCAAACACAAAUCGUACCUCAAGACACACAUGUUGACGCACGAAUCAUGUGAAGUUGUCUGUUUGGAGUGUUCGGAGAGUUUUAGGAAUUCACAUCUGCUGGAGGAGCACUAUAAAGCCGCGCAUGCGGUCAAUUUUACUGUUCGUCCCGACGAAGACAACCGCUGUACAUACUGCAAGCGGCCGUUUGAUACCCGCGCUAAGAUGCACAACCACGUUCAGAGAAUGCACGUUGAUGGUGGCAAGAAGUAUCAAUGUGAUCAUUGCAAGCGUCUAUACUAUUCAAAGGGCGAAGUACGAUCGCACAUUAAAUGGACCCACUUACAACACGCAGGCGGUCAUGCCUGUACCUGUGGCAGAGUGUUUAGGACCCCAGUGCGUCUGCGAGACCACAUCGCCACACGCCAUUUGGGGGCCGUCCCACCUCGGGACAAACAUUGUCCGCAUUGUCAGAAGGCGUUUGCGAAUCAGCAAGUUCUAACACGGCACAUAAAGUCUCACGCAGGUGAGAUGUUCCCGUGUACCGAGUGUGGAAGAGAGUUCAAAACGCAGUCUUAUGUCAAGGUGCACUAUCAGGUCGCGCACUUGCACAUGACGCGUGCACAAAUACGAAGGCAGAAUAAGAGGAAACUUAUCAUGGUGGAGGAUAUGAAUCCUCAAUCACCAACAAACGAAGAAGAGCUAUAUGGUUGUAAUGAGUGUGGAAAGAAGUUCAAAACUCAAUCUUAUGUCCGUAUUCACUAUUUCACAAAACAUCUGAACAUGACUCACGCGCAGGCGAAAAAGAAAUGCAGGGAAUUACGUUCCAUAACCCAAUUGCCUGGAUGUUCCAAAGAUCCCAUGCAAAUUGAAGAAGUAUUUGUCAAGACCGAACCAGAAGACGCUGAAGACGCCGAAGAACCGAACGGCAUAAAAAUACCAAUGUUUGAAACAUUUGUUGACAUCCAGAGGGAAUCCAUCGUUUAGGCAGACUAUAACUAUUCAGUCAGUUGUCAAUGUCAACACUCUCACAAAAACAAUGUCUGCUGUCAACGGUUAUCUCUUUAACAUAUAUCCAUGUCAGAAUAGAACAGUCAGGUACAGUAUAUAAGCGGUUAAGCAGAUCAACUCUUUAGGACUAUUUGAUGUUGAUGCUUAAGAAAACUCCUAGCAUUAUUUUUGUUACUACCUGAAAUAAUUGUUCAAAUAUUAUUAAAGAAUUGUAAAAGACCCCAAACAUAAUAAAUGUUAUGUGUCAUAUGUAUGUGUAUGUCAGACAUAUUUCAGAAUUUGUUUAAUUGAUAAUUUUCUUAAGGCAAACAAAUGUAUCCGAAGAUCAUGGGGGGCAUAACUAAAAUAAUAAUAAAAAAAUUUCAAACAUAACUGUAAAACAGAGAAAAAGUUGUCAAAAACUCAGAUGAACACCUAAACAGGGGAGAAAGUUAAAUGAGGGUUUAAGAAACAAAACAGCCACACAAUAUGUGUAGUUCUAAGGUUGAUGGGGCUUAAUAUUUUAAAAGAAUUAUGUUAGAAGCUUACAUCUGUAUGUUUCUCUCAUAUAAUUCCAUGGGUUUUGUAUCACAUCUAAUCUAACCAUUGUUAAGUUAGUAAUUACUAUUGUGUAAUUAAUGUUUUGCUCAAACUUAUUUUGAGUGUAGCACUAGGUGUUAAGAGAUUAUUUGUUAUUUAAUUAAGCAAAUUAGAAAACAUAUAUUUUUGUUUUUCCUUAGGACUCUUGUCUAUUUCCGAUAUUACAAAUUAAAUAUUUUA